AUGCAGAGGCUACACGCACCCUGCUGGGUCACUGGCAAAGAAGCCAGUUCCUCCAGCGAGCGCCGCCUUGUAGACGGGGAUAAGGCAUGGGCCUGCUCGUGCGACAUCUCUGUCCGGCUCGUUGACGCUGGCCCGUACAAGCCAGAUCCUAGUGCAAAGCUGUCGGCAUCCCCGUUCCAUAUGACCCACGACUCAGCGACGGGCUACAUCGGAGACUGGGACUUAGUCAGCCCUUUUGUGAACCUCAAGACGCUGCCCGAAGAACUGCCGGGACUACUUGGCUGGGUUGGCAAACACCCUGACGAGUUGGUGAUCAUCUCGGCCAGCCACUGCGGUCACAAGGGCCCAAUCGAAUACGAUUCCAAAAACUGCACUGACGAAGAGUUUGUCAAGCCAUUCACGGAUGCAGGGCACGUGAUUCACAUCUAUGGCGACUGCCUGACCAGCAGUUGGAAACGCAGUGUAGACAGCAUCGAGAAGGUCAAGCCGUACGUGGUCAAGACCAUGGCCAAGGAAAGAGGCUGCGGGGACCCCUUCAUAGUCCAGUCUUCCAUGCAGCAGACGUUGCAGAAGCUCUGCGUGAUGCAAAGCUUCCAACUCAACAAGGACAUAGCCUCUUGGAUCCAGAACUCUGACCUUUAUGAUGGUGUGAACUUCCUCGAGAUCAACACAAUCUGCACCUACGGCAUGACGAUCUCCAGUGCACUGGGCGCAACGAUCUCCAAAACGGAUGCCGACACUUUGCAUGAAGCACUGCAAGGAGAGCUGCCCGGCAUGUCUGAAGGACUGAGUGUUGCGAGAAC